ACAGCCUGGCUACUUGACUAGUGGCUCUAGAACGCUAAGUCGCUAAGCGACUGCCGGCUGUUUAAUCGGUGUUGAUUGCCUACACAACAUAAUUUUAAUAAAACGAAAUCAAAUUUCGAAAUUUAUAAAUCGCGGGAAACGGAUGUGUCAUUUUGAAAUGACACAGUCAAAAUUUAUUAAUUUCUGUGUUUGUUUAUUUUAAAAUCGCGUGUUUUUAUUUGAUUUACACUGCUGAAGACUAUUCUUGUUAACUAUUUUAAUUAUUAUAUCAUCUGGUUUUGUGAUUUUGUGUUAAAAAAAAAACAUAUAAAAUGGAAAAAACUGGAGGUUCGAGACUUCUACAGAUGCAGGCCCGUUAUCAGCAAAAGCAGCUGCAAGAAAGGGAGAUGAAGAUUGCGUCGCUGUACGAGGCACAGCAGGCGAGGGCGCUGGAUAGAGUGCGGCAGUCGCCUGGUUCCGGGACUAUCGCCGCGCCCACCCCGCCAUCCACGCACCAGCCGGGAAAGGUGCGUCAAAUGUUCGAAGAACGUCGCACCAAAGCUGGUAUCGACAAGAGUUACCCACUGCAGCCGAUACACAACACGGAGAAGACACAGCCGAAGAAACCGCUGACCAACGGCUUCACCAAAAUGAACUCCAAGCCGCCGGAGAAGAGAAAAGAAGAUCAGAAGACGACAACAACUAGGACACGUACUACAGUCAGCUCGCACAGCGUGAGGAAACAAGUCACACAGCAGUCGCACAAAGUGGAACAUCAGCUAACAAAUGGCUCCGGCGAUCUCAAUCAUAAUCAUGUGACAGAUCUGGACGUUCAACUAUUACCCAAAAGCAAUGGCGAGCGAACAGACCACGUAGACGGUGCAGAUCGUGCAGACUAUCUGUUAGACAAUGAGACGUUCCCUGAUGCUUUAGCGCCUGCACACACGCCACGGAGCCCAGAACCGAACGAUAACAAGCCAGUAGUCAAGAAAACUCCAACAACACAACCGACAAGGACUCUCAAAUCGAGACAGCCUCCUGCAGCUGCGCCAACUAAACGGAUCACUAAUGGAAAUACUGUGAAAUCUGAAGACGGCAACGCACGAGGGGUCAUGCAGCGGAGCGCGAACCCUGUGCCAGUCAGAAGGAAUACAGUGAGUCCCCACUCGUCACGUCCCAACAAGCCCGCGACGCGCGUAGCCAGUUCCCCGCAGGGCGCGGCCAGCGGCGACGCGUGCGCCACGUGCGGCCGGCACUUCGCCCCCGACCGCCUCGCGAAGCACCAGGACAUCUGCCGCAAGACCCACGCCAAGAAACGGAAGCCCUACGACGUGCUCAAGCAUCGGCUGGCGGGCACUGAAGCGGAGCCGUUCAUCAGCAAGCUGCGCAAGCCUCCGUCCCAGAGCAACACGAAGGGCACCAAGUCGCUGAACAGCAACUGGCGGAAGCAGCACGAGGAGUUCAUCCAGGCAAUACGAGCUGCCAAGCAGGUGCAGGCUCACCUCAACGCGGGCGGUAAGCUAAGUGACUUGCCUCCUCCGCCGCCGUCUGAGAACCCGGACUACGUCCAGUGUCCGCACUGUAACCGGCGCUUCAACCAGGGCGCGGCCGAGAGACACAUCCCCAAGUGUGCCAGCUUCCAGUUCAACAAGCCCAAACCGCCCGCCAGACGGAGGUACAAAAUCUAAAGGGAAUUAUCGAGAAAAUAAAGAUAGACGAUCUAGCGAAACAUCAGCUUUGUAAUAAAUUGACCAUUGCUAAGUGUUCAAUAUUUAGGUUACUGUUUUCGAGUCGGUUAUAACCGUAUUGUAUAUUAUCGUAUUUAGAAAUACUAAGUUGGUAUGUCAGAAUCCGAUGAUAAUUUUGUUGAUAAACCAUUACAUUCAUAUUUCUAUUUAGAGCUUGUCAUACAAAUUGUAUUUGCAUUCUCCCUGUUUUAUUUAGUGAAAGCGUUCUAUGACGUCAUAAGUCCGACAACAAAUCAUGGAAGAAUGGGAUUUGAACUUUAAGGAUUAUGUGAUACGGCUCAUUUUGGCAAUUAUAUUAUAUAAUUUUAUUAUGAUGGUAUUGGGCUUCGUCAAUUGCGUUGUUUGUGGGUUAUGGCGGGAACUGUUUUUGGAUUGAUAAUCAGUGGUCAAAUGCCAAAUUAUAAAAGUAGAAUACUAAUACAAAGAUAAGCUUCAAAUAAAUUUUCUGAGUGGAUAAUAACUAAGAAAUAAUAGAAUAUUUAUAUCUAUAAAGUAAAUGACAUAUAUUUUUCCUAAUUUUAAUUGUCAAAUAAUCUAACUGAAGAGCUUAAAAAUGUAAAUUAGUGAUAAUAAGUAUAGUUUAGAUAACCAGGGUUUAAAUUUUGACAUAUAAGAGACAAGAGAAUUAUUGUCAUGUGUGAUAGAAUAACUACAUAUUUGUAUACCGUAAUGUAUAAGAAAUGACACUGAAAAUCAUUUGUUUUUCGUUGAAUAAUCUUAAUUUUAGAAAGCUAUUGUUAAUGUACUUACAUUGAUAAACAGAAUCCUGUAUAAUUAAGCAAGUUAAUGGAUUUAACACAAGUUUUUGCUGUUACAUUAUUUUAUUCACGUUGACAAUGGAUUUAUAUGACUUUGUAUUUUGUUUAAUGCGCUUUUUACUGUUUAUUGCUACUGUAUGUAACGUACUGAUUUUAAAUUAAAUCAUUUUAAUAUA